CUCUUUCCAGUGUUUGCAUCUCUUCGGAGGAGAGAAGCGAUAGGCCACCUUCGGAUGCGAAUGUGCAAUCAUGUCACGAGCGCUGGGGCUGUGCAACGAGAGCAUCUGAGUAAUCCACACAGGCGAUAAGCGGACUCUGAAGGAAUAAAGCAAUGGGUGGCCAGAUAACGCGAAAUGCCUUUUACGACUCCCUCGGUGGCCCAUUCCCAUCCACAUCGCACCGAUGCCACCACAAACCCAAGAGGUGCCUGCCUAUCCAGUGUGGCAGUGUCAGUGGGCCCCUUCCCAUCAGCCCACUUCUCUUCCAUCCAAAUGCCAAGGGUUCCCAGAUUGUUAUGGACCUUGCCCAGAAGACGGUCAAGAGACAGGCCAGUUUCUGCAAUGCCAUCACCUUCAGCAACAGGCCCAUAGCACUGUAUGAGCAAGUUCGCCUCAAGAUUACUAAAAAGCAGUGCUGCUGGAGCGGGGCUCUGCGUCUGGGCUUCACCGCCAAAGACCCAUCCAGGAUAAACCCAGAGAACCUGCCCAAGUAUGCCUGCCCAGACCUCGUGUCCCAGAGUGGCUUCUGGGCCAAGGCCCUGCCUGAGGAGUUUGCCAACGAGGGCAACGUUAUCGCCUUUUGGGUUGACAAGAAGGGCAGAGUCUUCUACCGCAUAAAUGAGUCCAGUCCCAUGCUGUUCUUCAGUGGAGUCCGCACAGCUGAGCCCCUCUGGGCCCUCAUUGAUGUUUACGGUCUGACCCGUGGAGUGCAGCUGCUAGGCAGUGAGAUUGUUCCUCCCGACUGUCUGCGCCCACGCUCCUUCACCACAGUGCGCUCCUCCUCUCUGCGGCGCGAAGCAGACGACUCCCGCUUGUCCGUCAGCCUGUGUGACCUCAACCUGCAGCAGGAGGAUGGGGGCAACGCUCACAAUCACUCCCACCGCCACACCCUCCACCUGGCCUCAGCCUCCUCCUCCUCCACCUGCCCCAUCCCCCAGAAUUCCCUCAACUCCCAGCAGUCCUCUCUCCUGCCAUCCGCCCUGGAGAGUGACCUCCACUUCCACCAGCUGCGAGGCGCCCACAUUAAGACGCUGGACGAGCAGACGGUGGCACGAUCUGAGCAUGCACGUGAAGAGCGCACGCUGGUCUUCACCAACCGGCCGCUGCGCACCGGAGAGACAGUCUUCAUCAAAGUCACCAAAUCCAGUCCAGUACGCUCAGGCUCCCUGUCGUACGGCGUGACAUCCUGCGACCCCGCGGUGCUGCGCCCCAGCGACUUGCCCUACAAUCCAGAGGCUCUGGUGGACAGGAAGGAGUUUUGGGCGGUGUGUCGGGUGCCCACGCCUCUCCAAAGCAGUGACAUUCUGGGCUUCUUGGUAAACCAGGAGGGGGAGGUCAUCCUCAGCCACAACGGCACGAACGUGGGCAUGCAGGUGUGUGUGGACAACUCCCGCCCACUCUGGAUGUUCUUCGGUCUUCAUGGGGCGGUGACUCAGCUGAGGAUUCUGGGUUCCACUCAUCUCGGGGAUCCGCGGGCCACAUCGAACCCCAGCUCGCCCUCCUCCUCUCCACACACCCCCAGCGCACUGGGCAGUGGCAGCUCCGAUCCGGUCCUGAACGGAGGCCUGUGCUCUGCUGCUUACUGCAGCUCAGCGGGAGGUACAACCCCAAAUUCACCCGUCAGCCUCCCCAAGUCACCUACGUUCCCAUCAGGCCGUGGGCCUUGGUCCGAUGAGUGCUCUAUCUGUUACGAGAACAUGGUGGACACGGUCAUCUACGCCUGUGGCCACAUGUGUCUGUGCUACACUUGCGGCCUCAAACUCAAGAAGAUGUCCAAUGCCUGCUGUCCCAUCUGCAGAAGACAGAUCAAAGACAUUAUCAAGACCUACCGCAGCACAUAAGGGGGGCGAUGGCAAACGGAUGGAUGGCCUCCCUAAGAACAGCAAAAUCCCAGAGUCAGGGAAAGAAAUGUCUAAGUUCAGAACUCUGGUACUUUGAUUUGGUAUUUUAAUACAAUUAUAGUUGGUUGGUUUUAUCUCAUGACCUUUUCCAAAACUGGCACUGCUUUGUUUGGAAGGUCACUUUCACUUUAGAGUCGUUUUCUCAGCCUCCCUGCGGAGGCAGCACUUGAAGUGGCAGGGGGGUGGGGGGGUUCCUCUUAGAACUUUAUUCUUGCCAGAAGUGUUCUCUCUCUCCUGGGAACUUGGAAUACUUUGAAGGAGAAAGGAAAAAAACUGAACCGAUUCCAAAAUUCUUUCAUUUGUCGAGCCAUGUUGUAAGAAUUAGGGACGAACAUCCGUUUGCACCAGAGCAAAUGAGUCUCUUUGGGGCUGAAUGUCUCGAUAAUAGCUCUUUCAGAGGAUAACGGAAGCUCUGAAAUAUGCCGUCAACCUGAUGGAUAUUUCUGACUUAACCAGUCAAUAAAAAAAAAAAAAAAGCACACCCGCAGCAGGUAAUCAGCUCAGUAUGUCACAACUUGUGUCUGUGUGUUACUGAGCAUUGGAAAUGAGAAGUCACUUUGUUUGGCAUCGUAAUAAUGAAGUGAUGGAUUUCUGUAAUCGUCGUGGUGAUUAUCAGUGAGUGAUGUGUUUAGAGAUGCAAGGCGGUGCUGAGUAUAUUAAGUAGGAUUGUAACACAUCUUGUACUCUUAUAAUCUAAUGUACCUUUAUGGUAGUUCUAUUGCAAACGUCAGUGGUUGCUAUAUUGUUACGCUAGCUAGCUGCUUGCUCUGCAAUGUGGUAUGUUGCACUGAAAUCGGCAUCGUCCUCUCAGAAAUGCCCCGUUACUGACAGAGAGGACAAAGACAUUCAUCUGUUCCAACAAAGCAGCUCCGAAUUCUUGAGAGGAAACAGGAAGUGGGGAAAAAAUAAACCCCAGUAAUUUGGAUUCUCCUCAGGGCCAAUGAUAUUUUUUUUAAGAAGAUGUGACUAUUUUCCCAAACACUACCUAUAACAAUGCCUAAUACACUGUGAGCACUCAUGAAGAAUUGACAGAUCCUCAAAAGAAAAAAAAAAAAAAAACCUCCCAUAACACCACAUGAAGUCAAAGGAUUGUUGCAAUGGUAUCAGCAGCUACCACA